AUGUUAGGGCAAGUAGAAUCGUAUGUGCCUGGUGAUGAUUUUUGUGAAUACGCGGAACGUUUAGAACAAUAUUUUGUUUUAAAUGAUGUUAAAGUGGAUAAAAAAGUUGCAUUUUUGUUAACAUUCAUCGGUCAAGAAACGUAUUCAAUAUUGAAAAAACUAUUAUUUCCGGGUGAUCCAGUAAAGAAAACGUUCGAGCAGCUGAUAGCAGUUUUGAAAAGUCAUUUUACUCCUGAAGUAAAUGAAAUAUCUGAACGUUAUAAGUUUUUCAAGGAAGAUCAGAAGUCGGGUCAACCGAUGUCAGAAUAUAUAGUAGAAUUAAAAGCAAAAGCGCAAAAAUGUAAGUUCGAAACCUUUUUGAAUCAAGCGUUACGCGAUCGUUUAGUAUUUGGAGUAUGUGAUAAUAAAUUACGUGCCAUACUGUUGAAAGAGUCAACAUUGACGUUUGAAUCAGCUUGUACCAUAGCUAUAAACUGGGAAUUAUCUGAAAAAGAUGUAAAAGGUCAGAGUAUGAAUCAGUUUACAGUGCGACCAAAAAGCAGUAAUUUUCAUACAAACCGGUCAAAAAGUGUCGAUAAAAGGGACGGCAAAUGUACUAGAUGUGGUGGAUCACAUUUUAGUAAGGAAGAGUGUCCAGUUAGAAAUUGGAAGUGCAGAAAUUGUGACAAAGUAGGGCAUAUUGCAAAGUAUUGUUUCUACAGUAAAAUGAAUCAGAGCAAGCCCAGAGCCAGGAGUUCAAGUAGAAGCAAAUUUAGUAAACAGAAGUAUCGAAGUAGUGAUUCGGUAUCAUCAGAAAAAAACAAUGUACAUGAGUUAUCAGAAGAAUUGGAUCAGAUGCAGUGUUAUGGGGAGUCAAAAAUGGAAGACAGAAUAAAUUCAGUGCACCAGUCAGGCAGUCCAUUGCUAGUCACGGUGAUAGUUCAGGAUAAUGAAGUAGAAAUGGAAGUGGAUUCGGGCGCAUGUGCAUCAUUAAUAAGUGAAGAUAUGUAUUUAAAAAUGUUUUCUUUUGUACCAUUAAUUGAUGUUGUAGUUAAAUUUGUAUCAGUUACAGGAGAAAAUGUUAAGUUAUCGGGAAAACUGUUGGUUAACGUGAGGCUGCCCGGUGACAUUGAAAGCAAAACUGUUCGUUUAGAAUUAUUUGUCAUAAAAAGUAAAAAACCGUGUGUACCACUCUUGGGUCGAGCUUGGUUGGAUAGACUAUACCCAAGUUGGAGAAAUGUUCUUCAGUUAAAUCAAGUCUCAAAAAGUAGUAAUAUUUUGGAUACAUUAGCUGUUAAAUACCCAAAUAUCAUUCCUAAGUCAUCAAAUCAGGUAAUAAAAAAUUAUAAAGCUGAAAUAGUGUUAAAGGAUAAUGUUAAACCAAUUUUCCAUAAAGCUUAUACAGUACCAUUUAAAUUGAGAGAAAAGGUAAAUGUAGAAAUUGAUAGAUUAGUGAAUGAAGGUAUUUUAGAACCAGUUAAAUUCAGUGAAUGGGCUAGUCCUAUAGUAAUUGUACCUAAAAGUAAUGGAAGUAUAAGAAUAUGUGUGGAUUGUAAGGUGACGAUUAAUAAAUUUAUACAAACACAGCAUUACCCUUUACCUAAUAUUGAGGAUUUGUUUGCAAGUAUGGCAAGUUGUGCAGUUUUUUGUGUGUUAGAUUUGUCUGGAGCUUAUCAACAAUUAGAGUUAGCUUCAAGUUCUAAAGAAUAUUUGACAAUAAAUACUUUAAAAGGUUUAUUUAGAUUUACAAGAUUAACAUUCGGUGUAGCUAGUGCACCAGCUAUAUUUCAGUCUACCAUGGAUCAGAUAUUGUUGGGCUUGGAAAAUGUGUUUUGUUAUUUAGAUGAUAUAUUAAUAGGUGAAAAAACAGUUGAAAAGUGUAGACAAAAGUUAGAUUUGGUUUUAGAUAGAUUAAAUAAUUUAAAUGUUUCUAUUAAUGUGGAUAAAUGUAAGUUUUUUGAAAAGGAAGUUGAUUAUUUAGGACAUACGUUGUCAGAUAAAGGUAUUCGUCCACAAAUAAAGAAAUUGGAAGCAAUUAGAGAGGCUAGGGCACCAAAUAAUGUGACCGAAUUGCAAGCUUAUUUAGGAUUAUUAAAUUAUUAUGGAAAAUUUAUUCCUAAUAUCAGUAGUGAAUUACAUGAUUUAUAUAAACUACUAAGGAAAGAUGUUAAAUUUGUGUGGAGCGAUAAGUGUCAGGAAGUUUUUGAAAAGAGUAAAACUUUGUUGUUACAAAAUCAAGUAUUAGAAAUUUAUGAUCAAAAAAAGCCAAUAGUAGUAUGUGCAGAUGGUUCACCAUAUGGUGUUGGAGCAAUUUUAUCUCAAGUAGUAGAUGGAGUAGAAAAACCAGUAUUAUUUGCAUCAAGUUCAUUAUCUCCAGCAGAACAAAAAUAUUCUCAGUUACACAGAGAAGCGUUGGCAAUAGUGUUUGCAUUAAAAAAAUUUCAUAAAUAUAUAUAUGGUAACAAAUUCACAUUAUGUUCAGAUGCUCAAGCGUUAAGAGAAAUAUUUAGUCCACAGAAAGGUACAGCAGUGGUUGCAGCGUCCAGGUUACAGAGAUGGGCUGUGUUGUUAUCUAUGUAUGAGUAUGAAUUUCAGUAUAGGCCAAGUAAACAAAUGGUUCAUGUUGAUGCGUUAAGUAGAUUACCAUUAAAUACGGGUACUGAAAUAGAAGAUGAUGUUAUUAGUAGAUUAUGUAUAACCAAUGAAUUUAGGUUAAGUACUGCAGAUGUAGUAGAAGCGUUAAAAAAAGAUAAAAUAGUAUUUAAAGUUUAUAACUAUGUAUUACGAGGAUGGCCUAGAAAAGUAGAAAGUGAGAUUGAGUAUUAUUUUAAGUUAAAAGAUAAUUUAAGUACACAGGAUGAUUGCUUAUUUUUUGGGGAUAGGAUUGUAGUUCCAGAGGUAUUAAAAAAGAACAUUUUGAAGAUACUGCAUAAAGAUCAUGAGGGUAUAGUAAGAAUGAAAAUGGCAGCAAGAAGUGUAUUAUGGUGGAAAAAUAUGAAUACAGAUAUAGAAAAAUUUAGUAAAGGAUGUGAAAUAUGUGAUCAGACUUCUAAUGUGAGUAAAGAGAAAGUUAUAUCAAAGUGGCCUAUGGUAGUUAAGCCGUGGGAAAGAGUGCAUGUUGAUUUCUUUCAUUUGGAAGGCAAUACGUUUUUGGUUGUGAUUGACGCAUAUAGCAAAUAUAUAGUAGUGAAACUGUUAAAAAAAACAAAUUGUGAAUCGUUAAUCAGGGUGUUGCAGGAAGUGUUUGCGUUUUUUGGGUUACCUGAAGAGAUAGUAUCAGACAAUGGUCCUCCUUUUGGUUCAUGGUUAUUUAACAGCUAUGGAAAUCAAAGUAAUAUUAAAAUAACAAAAACACCUCCAUUUCAUAGUCAGUCCAACGGCUUGGCUGAGAGAGCGGUUCAAACUGUUAAAAAGUAUUUUAAAAAGUAUAUCUUAGAUAGAGAGUUAAAUAAUUUGACUGUUAAGGAAAAAGUAGUACGGUUCAUUACAGUAUAUAAUACUACGCCUUCAACAGUUACAGCACAGUCACCGGCUGAUCGUAUGUUUUCUUAUAAGUUAAGGUCUAUAUUGUCAUCAAUAAAUCCAAAAAGUAAAGUUACAGUAAAAGAAAAAAAGAAAUUAAGUUUUAAUCUUAAAAAUAAUAAGUAUUAUGAGGAUGAGAACAGUGAAAAUUAUUUUAAAAAAAAUGAGAAAGUAUUAUAUAGGAAUCAUUUUAAAGAUUAUUGUAAAUGGUUACCAGCUACAGUAGUUAAACAGUAUACCAAAUAUUUAUUUGUAAUUGACUUAAAUAAGAGUACUAGAAUAGUUCAUAAGAACCAGUUACGGUAUCCUAGAAAUAUUGAUAAGGAUCAUAGUUAUUAUACAUUACCAAAAAGUAAUGAGUUACAUACAGAAAGUAAAGAGAGUGUAGUUGUGCGUCGUUCGGAGAGAGACAGGAAGCCUACAAAAAGAUAUGGUUUUGAUAAUUAA